AUGCUGGCUCCAAAGAAAGGCCUCCUGUGCAACCUCAACCACAUCCACCUGCAGCACAUCUCCCUGGGGCUGCACCUCUCCCGGCACCCCGAGCUCCAGGAUGGCUCCACGGGCGGGGGGGAGCAGACAGGCUGCACCCAGUGCCCGGAGAACCGGGAGCCGGUGGAUGCCAAUUCCAACAAUCCCUCGGUGAAAUGUCGCUGCUGUGAGUCCCACGCCCCGGAGCCAGAGACCCUCGGGCUGCAGAACCCCGAGGAUUUCCCCUGCCUGCACAGCGGAGACGAGGAGGAGGCGGCUUCCCCUUGUGAUCCCCCUUGUGAUCUGGCUUCUUCCUCCUCCUCCUCCUCCUCCUCUGUCAGUAGCUGCUCGGAUUUCAGCUUGGAUGACUCCCCAGUCUCGGUGUACUGCAAGGAGUUCGCCAGAGCAGGGUCCCAGUCCCCUGACAAGCAGCUGAACGUCAUUCCCACAGAAAAUGCCUGGCAUGGAGAGCCCCUGGCUGAUAGAGAGCCCCUGGCUGAUGGAGAGUCUCUGGCUGAUGGAGAAUCUCUGGCUGAUGCAGAGUCUCUGGCUGAUAGAGAGCUCCUGGCUGAUGGAGAGUCUCUGACUGACCAGCACAGGACGUGCCAUGGGAGAGAUGCCAACCACAACUCCCCGGUGCCCCCGAGAGCCACCAGGAGCUCUGUGGCCAGCAAGAGCCCGGACAGCCUCUGCAGCAACAACUCGCUCGAUUCUCAGUGCGAGGAGCUCUCUCCCAGCACAGCAGCACCGGAGAUCUGCACCGACCUAGACCCCAACUGCAACCCCCUCCCCGAGGCCGAUGCCGCGCCCCCAGCGCCGCCGCCCGUGCCGGACCGGAGGGAUCCCGGUGUCCCGAGCAGCGCUGCGGAGCCGCGGCCCCGGCCCGGCGGGGUCCCCCCGCCCGUGCCCCCUCGGCCCCGGCGGCGGCUGCAGGUCCUGAACGCGCACAGAGCGGAGCAGCAGCUGGGCCCGGAGCCCAGGGCCGGCCCGGCUGAGCUCUGCAGAGACACGGCCACCAAGACCAUCACCUCCUUCCACGAGCUGGCCCAGAGGAGGAAGAGGAACGCGGCUGGACCCACGCCUGCCCAGGCCAGGGUUGACCGCAGUGACUGGCUGAUCGUGUUCUCGCCUGACACGGAGCUGCCCCCCACCAGCGAGCUGCUCUCGGGCACGGCGGGCCAGGAGCCAGCCCGGCCCCAGCCCCAGCCCCAGCCCCAGCCCCAGCCCCAGCCCCAGCAGGACGGGCCAGCCAGGCCUCCCGGCCCCAGGCAGAGAGAGGUGACCACGUUCAAGGAGCUGCGGUCCCGCAGCGCCGCUAGGCAGCCCAAGGGCCCGCGGGCAGAGCCGGCCCAGCACCCCCCGGUGCCCCCGGGGCCCGCCCCGGGCUGGGGACCCCCCGCGUCCCUGGGGGGGACACCGGGGCUGGCACACGGCGACAGCCACCAGCCGAGAAGGAGAGCCCGGCCGAGCCUGCAGCCCAUCGCGGAGGGGCAGCCCAGGGAUGUGGAGAAGGGGGGGCUGCCCCCAGGGGAAAAGGGGCUGGGCACUGCCCCGCUCCGGAGGCUCGGGGCGCCCGGCGGGGACCCCGCGGUGCCACGGGCGGCCCGGAGAGGAGACGAGACCGGCACGGGGGCCAGGCCCGAGCCGCUCCCCGCCGGAGCCGCCGCCGGAGCCGCCGCUGGAGCCGCCGCUGGAGCCGCCCGGCCCGGCGGGGGAAGAGCGGAGGGGCCCCAUGGCGAGCAAGCGAAAGCGCUGCUGGUCGCCGUCAGCUCUGCUGUGGACAAGGUCAUCGCCCACUUCAGCACCGCACGGAACCUGGUGCAGAAGGCCCAGCUGGGGGACAGCCGGCUCAACCCCGAUGUGGGCUACCUGCUGCUGCACACCCUGUGCCCUGCGCUCUAUGCCUUGGUGGAGGACGGGCUGAAGCCUUUCCAGAAGGAUGUGAUCACAGGCCAGAGGAAAAACUCCCCCUGGAGCGUGGUGGAAGCCUCGGUGAAGACAGGCCCCAGCACCCGCUCCCUGCACUCCCUGUGCUGGCACGUGGCCGGGCUGGCCCCACUCAGCAGCAGCAGGCAGAAGUUCCACGCCUUCAUCCUCGGCCUUCUGAACAUUAAACAGCUGGAGUUGUGGAUAUCUCACCUGCAGAAGAGCCCAGGUGUGAUCUCCGUGCUUUACUCACCCACGGCCUUCUUUGCCCUGAGCCAAGGCCCUCUUCCCCACCUUGCUGACGAGCUCCUGCUGCUCAUCCAGCCCCUGUCGGUGCUGACUUUCCACCUGGACUUGCUCUUUGAGCACCACCACCUCUCCGUGGACGUCCGGCCCUUGUCCCGCCGGCUGCAGUCCCCGCUGUCCCCCGUCCCCGUGCGGGGGUCUCUGGGGGGCCAGAGCGGUGCUGCUGGGGACAGCCUGGAGGAUGAGACCCCCCCCGAUGCUCUGGGCAGGGUGGGGGGCACAGGGGGCCGGUCCCAAGCGACCAUGGGUGGGUUGGUCCCUGCUCCCCCAGUGGGAGCUGCCCUGCAGCAAACCCUGCAGCAGGUGCUGCGCUGGGGCGACCAGCUCAGCCGCACCUUGCUGGGCUCUGACACCCCCCCGGAGAGCCACGGGGCUCAGGAGGGCGCUGGGGGGCCUGGGGCUGGCCUCAGUGGCUGGUGGGGCCAGCUGAGCCAGAGCUCCAGGAUUUACACUGCUCCCAGCAAGGAAAAGUCCCCCUCGGUCUGGUGGACGAAGCUGCGGGCGGGGGAGCCCAGCCCGGGCCAGGCUGGGCAAUCCCAAACUUCCCUGAGUGAGCCCAGAGGCACAGAGCUGCAGCUCCUCCAGACCAAAGCUGGCCCUGAACGCUCUGGCCCAAAGCCCAGCAGCAGCACUGACACCUCAGGGACCUCUUCCCCUGAAGAUCUCUUCUUGCCCACUGGAACCAGAGUGUUCCCCAAGCUGGAUGAUCCCACUGCUGGAAAGAACCUCCUGGCUGCUUCCCCAGAGCCUCCUGCCGCCAGGAGCCAGGCAGCACCUUGUGGCCCAGAGAUGGCUGAUGCUCCCAGUGCUGACAAGGGCAGCUGGCUGGGCUGGCUCUUUGGAGCCACCAACCCCUCGUCCAGGAGCUUCCCCUCCAGCCCUGACACCGCCUCGGCCAGGUCCAGGAGGCCGUCCCGCUGGCUGGCCCCCAGCCGCCGUGUCCUGGCCGGGGUGGUGAAGGGUCUGGCGCCCGACAGGAGCCGCGCCCCGGAGCAGCAGCCGGGCAGGACCGAGCCCGCCCUGCCUCCGGCCCGCAGGUGA